UGGAGCAGGGCUGGACCGGGGGCGGAGGGACACCAGAAAAAUGUUUGCUGUCUGCCCAGCAAAUGCUCCAUUCCGGCAGGGCCAGGGGGGCCCAGUGCUGGGCACAGCCAUCCCAGGGGCAGGACAUGGACAAGACUCCAACUCCAACUUCGUGGGAGAGGUGUGUGACAGCAACAAGAACUGGAGCCAGCCAGUGCCGGGGUCCCUGCCAGAGGAGGGCUCCAGCCGGAGCGAAAACACCACAAAUCUGUCUGAUAAUCUGCUGUUAUUAAUGCAGAGACAGAUGGUCCAGGGCCAGCUUAGGGACACUGCCCCAGGCCUGGGCGACACGCACCCUGAGCAGGGGGUGCGCAGCUCCCCUGAGGGAGCAGAGGUCACUGGGGCAGGGGGACAAAACACUGCCAAAGAGGUGGCUGGGGGAUGUGUCAAGCCCCUGAGCUCCCCUGCAGAGGACAACAGCUACGCCAGCAGCUCCCUCAGCAUCGACAGCCCCGAGAGCACCUGCAGCACCAACUGGAACCCUCUCGCCUCUGCCCCUCAAGCCAGGAGUCCCCCUGAGGCAGGGCUGUCUGAGCCUGAGCUGGGGACCCUCUUCCCGGUGCUGGCAGAGGCUGUGCAGCACCUUCAGGACAAGGAGCGCUUCAAGGAGCAGGAGAAGGAGAAGCACCACAUCCAGCUGGUGAUGUACCGGCGUCUGGCCUUGCUGCGCUGGAUCCACGGCCUGCAGCAGAAAGUUGUGGACCAGCAGAACCGGUUGCAGGAGAGUUUUGACACCAUCCUGGAUAAUCGCAAAGAGCUCAUCCGCUACAUGCAUCAGGGCCCAGCCUGCCUUGCUGCUGCAGCCACCCCUAGCCCCUGAGGUGCCACCAGCACAGCCCAGCCCAGCCCCCACCCUCCGGACGCUGUGGCGUUGGCUGGUGGCAUCUCCAUCCUGUGCCAAGUGCUCACCGGGCCCCUGGGUCCCCACCCUUCCCUUCUCAUCUCUCUCCAACACAGCCAAGAGUCCCUGAAGAGUUCAUCUCCAUUAUCCCUCUGCACUGGAAUUUGUUUUGUCCUGCACCCAGGUCCAGGGUGGCGCUGAGCUGUGUUGACCUCAGGACCCUGGGGUUUGCUGAGCCCAAGGUGACCAGGCUCAUCUUUAAACCUAACCUAGUCCAUUGUUGAGCCUGGCUGAGCCACACCAGUGCUGGGAUGGCUGUGCUGGAGCUGCAGGGCAGUGAGGGCCCCAGGGCAGUGAAGCUUCUAAACCUCCCUGGGCAGAGCACUUCCAGCAUGUGCUUCAUUCCCACAUCCACCUGCAGCCAAAGCCCAGCUCCUGGCAAAUGUCACUUGUUGGUGAGAGUGAGGUGUCCUGGGCUGUGAGAGAGAAAAAAUCAUUCUGAAAAGUGACCUCAGAAUGCUGAAAAGUAAAUUUAAGUGAAAUGAUCCAACACCAACAAUUUAUAUUUUUAAUGUCAGUAUUAGAGAAAAGUUAAUUUAGGUCUAUGUGUGUGUGCACAUCUGUCUGCCGUGGGCAAUACUCUCACUCAGUGCAUGAUCCUAAAGCUGCUCAUGAACUUGUCGUGUUGGUGUUUAUAUUAAUUUAUCAUUUGAGAGCAAAGAGAAUGUUUUUUUUGGAUCUGCAUUUUGCUGUACACAGAACCCAAAGAACAAUUGUCUUAACUAGAGAUGGAAAAGGAGCUGCUGUGUUUGUUUGCUGUGCUUUGCUGUAUAUCCAUAGGACACAUAUUCCAUUUAAGUGCUGAUGUGGAAGAGCAGCAGUGGGCAGUGAGGGUUCAGACAGAGGAGUCUGCACUCUCUGUCCUGCCCCAGCUGCCAAGUAAAGCUGGGCACUGAUUCCAUUUAUCAUCUGCAAAGGAGGGUGAUGAGGGAUUCCAGAGCUGCCAUGCUGCUUCCAGCCAAACUGCCUCCUGCCAUCAGAGCCACUUCACCAGGACCCCAGCGAACAGCAGAAUUGGGCAGCCUGGUCAGAUCCUGGCACCCACCACCCACCAGAUACUCCUGGACUGUGGAUAAACAACUAUGGCCAAGUCCACCAGUGACUCAAGGUCCAGGGGCAGUACCAGCCUCCUCCUGCCCCACAUGGGACACAUCUAGGCUCUGCUCCCCCUGGGGCUGCUGCCAGUGGGUGAAGUGAGGAGGUCCACAAAAAUCCUCUUCCAAAAAGGACAUUUUGGUGGCAAAGGGUGCACUCAGCUCAAAGCAACCUGUGCCAUCGCUGGGGGAUUCUGGCAGCUUCCCGCAAGGCUCAUGCUGCCCUCACCUCCCAUCUCCUCAUUCGUGUUCAGCGCCUGCUGCCUCUGUCGUAUCCCAGACCCG